AUGGACCAUGCCGAAAAUGAAGACUGGACACACGUUCCUGCCAAAGGCAAGCGAAAGGCGAAAUCCACCGCGUUUUCGAAUCCCACCAAUCCGCCCGCUCGAGACCUCACACUCCAGAAACUCAACCUCGAAUUCCAGACGAAGACCAAAACAUACCGACAAACGACCUGCCGCAGGACAGUCACCCACAUACUCAACCGCAUACGUCCGGACUCAGGUUGGAAGCUCGAUAAGGCACUUUGUCUAGGAAUUGGGAGUUUGAGCAGGGAGAAUAUCGAGUGCAGAAGGAGGAGCAUGUGGCAGUUUGUUGUGUUUUGCGACUUGGUGGAGCAGAUGCGAGGAGAGGGCGUAGAGCUGGAGGUUCUUGCUCAAGAGCCGGGGUUCACGGAGUUGGAUGUGGAGUUUCUUGAUGUUCUGGGAGUGAAAGUGCUGGAGACGAGAUUGGGAGACGGGACAAUGGGUUUGGGGCCGGCGAAGGAACAGCUUGGAGAGGGAACAUUGGUCUAUGAGCCCUUCAUCGAUAUGAACGCUGUCAUGCUGGAGGAGAUGGUGAGUGCUGGAGUGGGAUUAUACGUUGGAAGCUCGAUCGGUGGAAUACUAGGGAGAAGAGGUGAGAACGAGGCGAGCAGAUUGGUGGAGAAGUUUCGUGCAGGUCGCGAGAUGUUGCGCUUUCCGACUUUCGAUGUCGAUCCUAAUGUCUUCGACGGGAUUCAGGUCUACUGGACCGAGGAGAAGGAUGAUCAGGACGAUUGA